AUGGAUUCAUCAUCUCCACAUCAACAUGAUCGAGAUAAUGAUGCAGAUGGAUUUGAGUUUGAUGACCAAGGAAAAGGGUUUCAGACUCCAGAAGCAAAUCAAUGGGGAAAAAGAAAACAAAAUCAUAAAGAUGGAGAUGAACAACCAAAAACUCUGAGGCAAAUCACUCCAAGGUCAGGUGUAUGGGUUCAUUUCACAAGGCUACCAAAUAACCGCAAUAUAUGUACAUGCCACUAUUGCAAGAGAGAAUACAAGUGUCCAUCAAAGUCAGGGACUAAAAAUUUGUGGAAUCAUCUUGAAGUCUGUAAAGAACACAAGGCGUGGCUAGAAGGAAAAGAUCCAAAGUUGAGUCAACAUGUCAUUAAUAAGGAUGGAAAUCUGCAAAAUGCUAAAGUUCCAGAGAGUGUUUUCAGAGAAGCAUCCAAUGAGAUGCUUGUGAUAGGGGAGUUGCCAUUAUCUUUAAUUGAAAGUAUGGCUUGGAGACACUUCUGUAGCAAGAUGAAUCUAUAUAAACCACACUCCAGAAGGACUGCCACAAGGGACAUUGUUGAGAUGUUUAUUCAGAGAAAAUCGACAAUGAGAAAGUGGUUCAUUGCUAACAAACAAAGAGUCUCACUCACAACAGAUAUAUGGGUUAGUGAUGUCAUAGGUGCAAGUUAUAUGGUCAUAACAGCACAUUAUAUUUAUCAGUAUUGGCGACUAAAGAAGCUUAUAAUAGGAUUCAAGUAUGUGACAUACCAAAAAGGGAAGACAAUUGCAACUACUCUUCUUGAUUGUUUAGCUGAUUGGGGUAUAGAGAAGGUCUUCUCUAUUACAGUGGACAAUGCAACGGCAAAUACAAAUGCUUUGAGUAAGUUUGAGACUGCUUUCUCUCUCGUUACUAAUGAGUCUUUAGUUAUUAAAGAAGAGUUUAUGCAUGUGAGAUGUGCUGGUCAUAUCAUUAAUUUGAUAGUGAGAGACGGGUUGACUGAAGUUUCUGAGAAUAGGGCAAUUAAGUACAAGGUAGCAUUUGAUAAGAUGGAGACAGAAGACAAGCUAUACAAUGAUCAUUUCUUGGAGAUUGAUAAUGGAAAAAAGAGAGUUGGACCUCCUACCUUCAAUGAUUGGCGUGCGGUUGAAAGUUAUGAUUCUGAGUUGAAGAUAAAGGCUGAGGAAAUGUAUAAGAAGUUUGAUAAGUACUGGGAUGGGCUUAGUAAUAUCAAUCUGAUGUUGAGAAUAGCAAUAGUAUUUGAUCCUAGUAAGAAGUUGCAUUUUGCUAAGAUUUGUUUUGCCGAGUUGUAUGGUGAAGAGACUCCAACAUAUAAAGAGAUGUAUGACAAGGUUUACAAUCUUCUGGUUGAUAUGUUCAAGGAGUAUAGUGACCGGUAUGCUAAAUCUCAGCCUUCUCAGCCUUCUCAGUCAUCUCAGUCUCAGCCUUUUCAGUCAUCUCAGCCAGAUGUGAGUGAAGCAGAUAGUGUUCCUCGUCUUUUCACAAUUGAUAAAAGGUACAAAGCAGCGUUAAAUGAUAUUGGAGUUCAAGUAACAAAAGAUGAGUUGACUACAUACCUGAAAGAGGCUGUUGAGAAUCCAGAUGUGAUGAUGGGGACUGAGUAUGAUGUUCUAUCUUGGUGGAAAUUCAAUUGUGGUAAGUACCCUAUUCUAUCAAAAAUGGCUCGUGAUGUCUUUGUUAUGCAAGUGUCAUCUGUAUCAUCUAAAAGUGCUUUUAGCACAAGUGGUAGGAUAAUAGAACCAUGUAGAAGUUGCCUAACUCCCUAUAUGGUUGAGGUUUUGAUGUGUACUGCGCAGUGGAUGAAACAAGACAUUGCAAUUGAAUCAAGAGUUCUUACCAAUGCUCAAAUUCUGGCAGAAGUAGAAUAUGAAGAUCGACUUGAAAAAGAGUUCUGCAUUGAAGAUUAA